AUGUUGUUGGUAUAAUAUAAAACAAAAAUACCAAAUGUUCUUUUUAAGUCACUAGCUAGGUCAAUGGGCCAUUGAAAUAAUAAUAAAAUGCCAUUUAGCAGACGCUUUUAUCCAAAGCGACUUACAGUCAUGCGUGCAUACAUUUUUGUGUAUGGGUGGUCCCGGGGAUCGAACCCACUGCCUUGGCGUUACAAGUGCCGUGCUCUACCAGUUGAGCUACAGAGGACCACAAAUGUUUUAGCAUGUUUCAUGGAAGUUGUUGUUGAACUUCUGAAAGUCUAGGCUUUGACUCAGUGGAUAAUAAAGUAUUGUGGAGCACAGACAACCCGGUUUAAAAUAUAUUGACCAAAUUCAGACAAGGGGGGCAAAGCCACAGCCCACUGAGGUAGGAGAGCACUGAAGUAUCUGCAUAAUAAUAAUCCAUAUCUCUUUUAUAAACAGGAUAGUAUCAUUGAUUAUAUAAAAGUGCAUGUAUGAAUAAGUCUGAUUGACCUUUUUUCAUGGCAGGUUCACCUUCUGAAGCCAGACGAGGUUCCCAAAGCGUGCUGCGCACCCACCAAGCUCAGUCCCAUCUCCGUACACGACGACAACAACAAUGUGAUCCUAAAGAAGCAUCGCAACAUGGUGGUCAAGACCUGUGGAUGCCUGUGACACCUGUGGUAGCCCAUCUAUUCUACAUCAUUUUUAUAAACUUGACUACCAUUGUUCCAAAAGAUACAAACGGGGUAAUAUACCUUGCAGCCAGCAGUUGAUAGCAAUAAUCUGGCAAUAUGUGUAUAAAUAGUAUGUAUCUACACUGAACAAAAAUAUAAACGCAACAAUUUCAAAGAUUUUACUGUGUUACAGUUCAUAAAAGGAAAUCAGUCAAUUCAAAUAUAUUCUUUAGGCCCUAAUCGAUGGAUUUAACAUGACUUGGAAUGCAGAUGUGCAUCUGUUGGUCACAGAUACCUUUUUAAAUAAAGAUAGGUGCGUGGAUCAGAAAGGUGAGGUGAGGUCAUACAAGGUCAGGGGACAACACUGGUUUUUGGUCUUGUUGUUAAGCUUGUUUUAUGCAGAGUUUAAAGGGAUAGUUCAUCCAAAUUACAAAAUUACUUAACUUGCGUUUACAUUUAAUUGUGUCUUUAUUUUACAUCCAAUGCAUCCAAAGCAUGCUUUACAGUCUGUCCUGUCUCAUAACAUCUUUUUUGAUCCCUUUCAGAUCACAGCCACGUCAACAGUGGGCGUCAGGCUUGUAAGAGACAUGAAUUAUAUGUGAGCUUUAGUGACCUAGGCUGGAAGGUGAGCUUCUGUCUCCCUUAACUACUCAAUCUACUGAAUAGAUAAUAUCAUGAUCUAACAUUGUAUCACCUUAUUUGCUGUAACACACAAUUAACAAAAUAAAUAACAAUGUAAAUCACAAUAUGGGGAUGAGGUAGUUGGGUGGGCUAAUUACAGAUGGGCUGUGUACAGGUGCAGUGAUCGGUAAGCUGCUCUGACAACUGAUGCUUAAAGUUAGUGAGGGAGAUAAGUGUCUCCAGCUUCAGAGAUGUUUGCAGUCCGUUCCAGCUAUAUGCAGCAGAGAACUGGAAGGAAUGGCGGCCAAAGGAGGUGUUGGCUUUGGGGAUGACCAGUGAGAUAUACCUGCUGGAACGCAUACUACGGGUGGGUGUUGCUAUGGUGACCAAUGAUCUAAGAUAAGGCGGGGAUUUGAUAGGAAGUGAUUUAUAGAUGACCUGGAGCCAGUGGGUUUGGCGACGAAUAUGUAGUGAGGGCCAGCCAACGAGAGUGUACAGAUCACAAUGGUGGGUAGUAUAUGGGGCUUUGGUGACAAAACAGAUGGCACUGUGAUAGACUACAUCCAAUUAGCUGAGUAGAGUGUUGGAAGCUAUUUUGUAAAUGACAUCACCGAAGUCAAGGAUCGGUAGGAUAGUCAGUUUUACGAGGGCAUGUUUAGCAGCAUGAGUGAAGGAGGCUUUGUUGCGAAAUAGGAAGCCGAUUCUAGAUUUAGCUUUGGAUUGGAGAUGCUUAAUGUGAGUCUGGAAGGAGAGUUUACGGUCUAACCAGACACCUAGGUAUUUGUAGUUGUCCACAUAUUCUAAGUCAGACCCGCCGAGAGUAGUGAUUCUAAUCGGGCGGGCGGGUGCAAGCAGCGUUCGAUUGAAGAGCAUGCAUUUAGUUUUACUAGCGUUUAAGAGCAGUUGGAGGCCACGGAAGGAGUGUUGUAUGGCAUUGAAGCUCGUUUGGAGGUUUGUUAACACAGUGUCCAGUGAAGGGCCAGAUGUAUACAAAAUGGUGUCGUCUGCGUAGAGGUAGAUCUGAGAGUCACCAGCAGCAAGAGCGACAUCAUUGAUAUACACAGAGAAUAGAGUCGGCCCGAGAUUUGAACCCUGUGGCACCCCCUUAGAGACUGCUAGAGGUCCAGACAACAGGCCCUCCUAUUUGACACAUUGAACUCUAUCUGAGAAGUAGUUGGUGAACCAGGUGAGGCAGUCAUUUGAGAAACCAAGGCUAUUUAGUCUGCCAAUAAGAAUGCAGUGAUUGACAGAGUCAAAAGCCUUGGCCAGGUCGAUGAAGACGGCUGCACAUUACUGUCUUUUAUCGAUCGCGGUUAUCAUAUCGUUUAGGACAUUGAGCGUGGCUGAGGUGCACCCAUGACCAGCUCGAAGAGGGGGAUGACCGCGGCAGCUUUCCAAAUCUCUGGGGAUCUCAGACGAUACGAAAGACAGGUUGAACAGGCUAGUAAUAGGGGUUGUGACAAUUUCGGCGGGGUCCAGAUUUAGCAGCUCUUUCAGGACAUCAGCUAUCUGUAUUUGGGUGAAGGAGAAGUGGGGGUGGGGGGGGGGGGGCAUGGGCAAGUUGCAGCGGAGGGUGCAGAGCUGGUGGCCGGGGUAGGGGUAGCCAGGUAGAAAGCAUGGCCAGCCGUAGCAAAAUGCUUAUUGAAAUUCUCGAUUAUCGUAGAUUUAUCGGUGGUGACAGUGUUUCCUAGCCUCAGUGCAGUGGGUAGCUGGGAGGAGGUGCUCUUGUUCUCCAUGGACUUUACAGUGUCCCAAAACGUUUUGGAGUUAGUGCUACAGGAUGCAAAUUUCUGUUUGAAAAAGCUAGCCUUUGCUUUCCUAACUGAUUGUGUAUAUUGGUUCCUGACUUCCCUGAAAAGUUGCAUAUCGCGGGGGCUGUUCGAUGCUAAUGCAGUACGCCACAGGAUGUUUUUGUGCUGGUCAAGGGCAGUCAAGUCUGGGGUGAACCAGGGGCUAUACAUGAACUCUAACAUUGGUUUCAAUGGGAAUGACGGUAAAUGGCUCAGACAUUUAUGGCAAACUGAAACUAAAAUAACCAAUUUACCUGAGUCUACAAUGGCAGUCUUAAAAUAGAGUACGGAUAGUGAGAAGUAACUUUCAAGACUGAAGCAAUUGUGCCCUAUAGUGGUGGACUUUAUACUGUACCAGGUUACUACACAACUAACAUACACUGAGUGUACAAAACAUUAGGAACACCUGCUCUUUCCAUGACAUAGACUGACCAGGUAAAUUCAGGUGAAAGCUAUGAUCCUUUGAACGGGGUAUGGUAGUAGGUGUAUCAAGAAUGGUCCACCACCCAAAGGUCAUUCAGCCAACUUGACACAACUGUGGGAAGCAUUGGAGUCAACAUGGGCCAGAAUCCCUUUGGAACGCUUUCGACACCUUGUAGAGUCCAUGCCCCGACAAAUUGAGGCUGUUCUGAGCAACAGGGGGUGCAACUCAAUAUUAGCAAGGUGUUCUUAAUGUUUUGUACACUCAGUGUAUGUAGGCCUACAUGUUUUUAAAUAGUACAGUAUCACACAUCACAGUACAAUGCCAUAAAGCGUGGGCCUGUAGUACAUGUAAAUCAACUUAAAGUUGGUUUUUAUUUCCAUAUGCAAAGAAUAAAGCAUAAUUGUUCAUGUAAUAAUGUAAUAUUAGCCUCAUAACAACUCCAGGAAUAGGAAAUAGUGAUGAAAUAAUCAAAUAAAUGAAAAGACAGAGACAAAUGCUUUUGAACUACUAUUUAUUUUAUUUGAAAAUGUAAAACUCAGUGCAAAGUAAUGUAGUGCAAUAGUGUCUCGAUCCCUGUUUGGUGGCAAAGUGUGACAAGAAUCCUGUGGGGAGAGAAAACAAGAGAAUACAUGAAUUUAAUAGGUGUUAACUAAUCAGGGUUCAACGAGAGAGAGAGAGAGAGAGAGAGAGAGAGAGGAGAAAAGAAGUGUGGCCCUUCAGGUCUCUGCAGUAGGACUACAUGCUGGCCAUGAGGUACUCGAGGUGGUACUCCAGGAGGCUGGAGAGCUCAGUGACCAGAGACUCUCGGUUAAAGUACCAGGCUAGCUGCUGCCCAAACAUGUCAUCUAGCAGAGCCAUCAGCCCGCCCUGAAGGGAACACCACACAACACAUAGAAAAUGGCUCUGAGCUACUAGCUUAUCAAGAGGAGAGAGACAAUGAGAGUUACUCCCUCUAAAACGGCAUUGAAACCCUGUUAACCAGGAACGAGUAAAGAGGAAGUAAACUAGUAAUAAGGAAGAAAACAGGAAAUAAACUCUUGACUCUUACAUUGAGCAGCAACAGGUAUCUCUCAGCCUUUGGCUCAAUGCUGGCAACAGUGGGCAGGAAGGAGUACAGGAGAGCGUACAGACGCUCCAUGAACCCACCAGGUUGCUAAAGUAAACAGAGGAGGAGAGAAGAGAAAUUGAAGUGAAAUUGCUAAUAGACAGACAUCUAAACAUUUACCAGCGAGAUGCUACUUACCACCAUCAGGGAUUUCUGAGCUGUCAUCAUCCCAAACAGCACCAGCUCAAAAAGGACAUCUAUCAGGUUAACAUGAUGGAUCUAGGACAAGAAAACACGUUUGGAGAAAAUAGGAAUGAUUUCAAAUAGAUCAGCUACUGUGCCGUAUAAAAGACAUGCAUGUGGAAGAACUCAAAGUGAGACUUGAAAGAGUUAAUUAACUCACCUUUGCCUCAGCCAGCUCCCUCUCAAUGUCAAUCUGCUUGGAGGGGUCACUCAGGUAGUCCACAAAGUCGUUAUAGGCACGGAUGAAUUCGGCCUCGUCCUAUCACAAAGCAAAGAGCAGUGAUGUUAGUGCACAGAACACAUUUCCCACCGAGGACGCUCUCUUUCCCUUGAAGGACAAUGAGUUAGUGAGCUACCAUCUGGUGGACCUGAACCAGUGCGCCCAGUAGGACCUUUCCCGCCACAAACAGAUGGUUCCUGCUCAGGGUGGAACCGAGCAGGGUCUAGAGAAGAGGGAAGAGUUAGGGUGAGACACCCAUCUUCCUCUAGGAGACAGACAGAACAGGAAGACACAGAGAGUCAAAGAAAAGUGGGUCCACUCACAGUAAAGGCCUGGCGCAGGGAGACGAGCCUCAGGCCGAUGUCCUCCACUCUCUUGGUGGUAAGGUAGAGGCUGUGGAAGAGAGGGAAUGGAGCAUGUCAAUGGGGGAUAACAGCAUUGUGACCACUAUCCUUCAGCAUCUGACAAGCUCAGACUACACACACAUUUAGAGGGACUCACUUUAGCAGAGGAACCUCCCUCUCCUCAGGCAGCAGGUCCUCCUCCCAGCCCUACAAUAACAGAACAAUUAUUCAACAUCAGUGACCAAUGUAAUGACAUGACAAACAAUGGGUCAAUCGAAGGAUCUUAAUGCUACUAGUCAAUAGUAUGUGUAUGUGUGUGUGUAACAUCUGACCUCAUAGCAGUUGUGGCCCUCAGGCUCUGGCUCAGUGAACUGCUGAGUGGUGGGCGUAGAGACGGAGGCAGCCUCCGACCACGCCGAGGAGGAGAGCAGCCCAUCCAGCCCCAUGUGGAGAGUGGCGUACACCACCGAGACAUCAGUUUGCUGCUCAAAACACACACACACAACACACGUUAAUAGAAAACAGACCAUAUCUAAUGGAAAAAUGCCCUGUAAUUUCUAUUCUAUAUACAUAGGAAAUUGUUUAUUUACCUGGUAGCAGCCAUGCGUCACGGCCACAGACGUCUCGUGGCGGAGGUGAGACGCAUACUGGGUCACCCUGCCAGCCACACACUGACAGAGAGAAACGACAUGUUAAGGCCAAACGGAAUAAGUGAAGAAAAGCCUAAUCUAAUACUAAUUCAGUAGUAUUUACAUCUUACCUGGAUCCAAGAGAUGGACUGCACCUUGGUGGCACAGUAGGGGAUGCCCUCUGGACUAAGUCUGUGUGUCUCCUUGGAGAUGGCCCACACCAGUUGAGUCUCCAGGCCUCGAACCCUACUCACAUGGUGCAUCCUCACCACCACCUGCUGUGGAGUGAAACAACAAGACAACAUCAACAAAACAACAUCAGCCAUCGCUGUAACAUAUUUCCAUCAAGAUCACAUGACACUGACGAUGUAGAUUAGGAUUAGGUAGUGACAAAGACACAUACCUGGGAUCCCCCACGCAUGUAGGUGAUAAUGGGGCUGAUGAACUGGAAAGUUCUCCAAGCUUUAGCCACCGGACCGGCAUUGUUCUGCACAAGAGGGGGUUGACAUUACAAUACAUUCAGGUUAGAAACAGCAAACAUUGCAACAGUGAUGUGACUGUGUGUGUGGGUCUCUUACCCUGAUCACAACAGGCCCACAGUACAGGGAGCUAAACCUAAUCGGUAUCAACUGCCAAUUACCAGUGGCCUCCUAAAGCAGAAGGCAGACAACAAAGAUUUUUAGAAUGUCAAAGUGACACAAAUUGAAUAUCUGGGAUACUUUUCAAACAUUAAACUUUCUGAAAAUUGUACCUCAAGGAUAGUCGGCACAUCUGGCACCUCCUCAAGGAUGGCUGGCAGCAGUGGUACAUCCGGCACAUCAUCCAAUGGCACAACCAACUGGACCUCAUCCAGGACAGUUGAUUCUAAAAUUAGGAACAUUGGAAUACAAACAAACAAAUGUUAGGAUGUAAAACGUAGCGAGCUAGCUAGUACUACUAGUUCAAAAGUGCAUCUCUUAGCAAAAGUUACUAAAGUUAACGUUAGCUUGCAAGUAUGGAUUACAGAAAUACACAACAUUUCACAAAUUACAUUUAUAUUGUUAAAUGUGGUAAAAUAAGAAGUUUAAACUCAACAUACCCUCUUCGAAGUCGAUGUCGCUGUCCACCUCCCGACGAUUGCGAACCCUGCAAAACGGAAAAAGACAACAAAAACAACCCACAAAUGAAUUUGAACAACCUGUCGACGCAGUAGACCGCCGACGUCCACGCACUCUCUCCACCAAUUUUGAAAAGCACCCAGGCAUUUUCCAGUCGAUCUUUCAGUCUCAGGUCUCAAAAAUCAGUCAAGUUUGUUGUUGUUGAACAGCAAACUGAAGUUGUUGUUGUUUUCGAACAGAAAACGUUCAAUAGAACGCUGCAAUGUUCUAUCGGUUAGAUGUCUCUUGGCAACACAUAUUUUUGAAAAUUGUUGUUUACAAAAUUGACAGCUGUGUUGCCAUAGAAAUGAGUUUGGAACUCUAUGCUUACCAUUAGAAUUCUAUAAAAAUUCCAUUCCUACUCAUCAUUCUAAUUCUAUUGACCCUAUUUUGUCACCAGAGGAUUUCCUAUGUUGUUGGUAUAAUAUAAAACAAAAAUACCAAAUGUUCUUUUUAAGUCACUAGCUAGGUCAAUGGCCCAUUGAAAUGUUUUAGCAUGUUUCAUGGAAGUUGUUGUUGAACUUCUGAAAGUCUAGGCUUUGACUCAGUGGAUAAUAAAGUAUUGUGGAGCACAGACAACCCGGUUUAAAAUAUAUUGACCAAAUUCAGACAAGGGGGGCAAAGCCACAGCCCACUGAGGUAGGAGAGCACUGAAGUAUCUGCAUAAUAAUAAUCCAUAUCUCUUUUAUAAACAGGAUAGUAUCAUUGAUUAUAUAAAAGUGCAUGUAUGAAUAAGUCUGAUUGACCUUUUUUCAUGGCAGGUUCACCUUCUGAAGCCAGACGAGGUUCCCAAAGCGUGCUGCGCACCCACCAAGCUUAGUCCCAUCUCCGUACUCUUCUACGACGACAACAACAAUGUGAUCCUAAAGAAGCAUCGCAACAUGGUGGUCAAGACCUGUGGAUGCCUGUGA